AUUUUUAUUAUAAAAUACAGAAAUGACGAAGAAAUUAAUGGUAUUUAUCAUAUAGUAGAUAGUAAAUUAGUGUGUUCUGUCGUAAAAAAAUAUUAAAUAAUGUGUUCCAAAUGAUCAUAAAUCAUGUACGACAAAAAGAAAGUCAUAAAGCGUCCGAUUAAUUUAUGGCUAAAUCCAACGGUUAGAAAUUAACUUCAAUUUGGUGACGUGUGAACAACAAGAUCAAUAGAUUCUCGGUGAGAAGAAAAUAAAAGAAAAAUGGGGAUAUCGGGUUCAAAGCGAGUUACGACGAUUCUAUCUAACUCGCCCGAGUUUGACUCGGCUUGUGACUCAGCAUACGACGAAUCUCUCUCUCUUGCACAGCAUGCUUUCGCCGGAGUUCGUCCUUACCAGCUCGUCUCCGCCGCCGCCCACAUCCACCGGAAUCUUUCCGCUCUUCGUUUCCCUCUAAUCACCAGAUGGCUCUCUUCUCCUCCGAGUCAAUCCCAAGUCGACUCAGCUCUCCGAGUCACCGUCUCUCGAGUCACGGCGGCGGAUGAGGAGGAGAUCCUCGGGCAAGAGGAGUUCAAGAAAUGGGCCGUCGAGGUUUUCGCGGAAGCCGUUGUGGGAAACGCGAGGAAGACAAUAGCGAGUCGGAUUCCGUUAGGAAUCGUCGGAAUCGGUGGGAUCGGCGCCGUGACUCGGUCGGGUCAAAACUUGAUCGGAGCUGCGAUUGGUGUGUACGCGAUAGGAGUUGCUACUUCCGUUUUUCUAAGCCUCACUGAUUAGAAGAAAAGAUUACGUUGUUGUUCUUGAUUUGCUGAAAUUAAUAAAUUUUAACAAUCUUGUUUAAACAUCAACCCUAUAUUUGAACAAUCAUAAACUUCAAACUCUUACAUGUGGUUUGAUUGCUAAACAUAAACAUAUCUGUUUAAUCCAAGAUAAAAGACAGAACUAGUGGAGCUUAAAAAAGAUCACGUGAAAAACGUCUUUAC